AUGGCAAUUCAUGUCUCAAAAUAUGACGAAUUUUCACCUGAGGAGCUCCUGGAGCGAAUUGCACAUCUUUUAAAGGAACAGGAGACGACAAAACGUCAUGGUUUGAGCUCCUGUCGCUCUACGACGUCGAAUGAAUUGACUCCAAGUGACACUGUAGCUUCUAGUUCACUUGCAGCCUUUCAAAGUCGACUUUUAGAGCUCGAGUAUGACCAAAAAAGACUGUACACGAAGCUUGAAGGGUCUAAAGCUCUACAGAUGACACUGACGGAAGAAAAUACUGCUCUACGAGUACAAAUAGAAGAAAUGAAGCAACAGGCAGUGUAUAUGGAACACAAAGUACAGGAAAAGGAGGUAUUGAAAUGUCAGACGUUGCAUUUACGUCGAGAUGUCGUCAAGUGGAAACAGGUGGCAGUCACGACAUUACGCGAGAUAAAAGCGUUAAAACAAGAACUGCAAUUGAUAAAACAACAAGUGAAGAAUGAUUGUGAUGCAACGUUGGUGACAUUGGACGAUGCAAUGGCUUUAGUGGUGGAAAAUGUCAAUGGACGAGAACAAAUGUUACAGCAGAAUUAUCUAGUGGAGAAGAGAGAGCGAGAAGCAAUGGCUGAAAAGUAUUAUGAAUUGUCGGGGAAGAUUCGAGUGUUUUGUCGUGUGAGGCCAGGGAGGAAAAAUGAAGAGGAGACGAAACCACUGGCUUUAGUGAUACCACGACCAAAUAAUUUGCUCGUAUCGAGUUCUGGAAAAGAAUUUGCCUUUGAUCAGGUCUUUGGACCGCAGAGUACACAGAUGGAAGUAUAUGCGCAAAUUGAGCCGCUAAUUGUGUCGUUUACGGAUGGAUAUAAUGCGUGCAUUAUGGCGUACGGGCAAACUGGAUCAGGGAAGACCCACACGAUGAUGGGGUAUGGACAAAACUCACUGGAACAUCGUGCUGAUGAACUCACGUUGCAUUCCAAUGCUGGCGUGAUUCCACGUGCUCUCCAACAGGUGUUUGCCAUGGUAAAGAUGCGGCGAAUGACGUACGUGGAUACACUUCGAGUAAGCAUGGUGGAGAUCUACAACGAUCAAAUUUUGGAUUUGUUGCAUGAAGAUAGCACCGGUGGCGGCAAAAACACGGUCGCGAGGAACGAAACGGAGAUUACGGCACGCGACGUCAGUGACUACAGACAAGUAGAUGCAGUGAUGCGUGAUGGAAAUGCCAAUCGAAACAUUGCAUCUACGAGGAUGAAUCUGGAAAGUAGUCGAUCUCAUGCACUAGUGUUCCUGCAUCUUGAUAGUAAACACCGUGAGACUCAGGAAGUGUGCACGAGUACGUUGUGCUUGGUUGAUUUAGCUGGUUCAGAACGGAUAUCGCGUAGUCAAGUGAAGGGGGAUCGCUUGCGCGAAACGCAACACAUUAACAAGUCUCUUGCAGCUCUCGGGGAUGUGGUUUAUGCAUUACAGCACAAGGCAAAGCACACGCCGUACCGAAACUCGAAGCUUACUUACAUGCUUCGUGACAUGAUAUCAGGACAAGCCAAGACGUUGUUGAUGCUACAGCUGAGCCCGGAUACGGCUGACGUAGAAGAGACGACUUGCUCUUUACAGUUUGGUGCUCGUGUGAGCCAGGUGCAGAUGGGCGCUGUGCGACCCAGUGUGGAAAGCGGUGCACUUUGUAAACUACAGGAAGAGAAUCGUUCAUUUGAAGCUAAAACGUUGGCAUUGGAGACCCAGCUAAACGAUCUGCAGCAACAAUGCUUGCAGCAAGGAGAAAAAUUGCAUAAAGCACAAAGUAGCAAAAAAAAAUUCGAAAGGCAAUUACGGCUGCCUGGUGAGCGUCAGCGCGGUGACAAGGCGGCCAAUGAUCUGGAUCAUCAUGGUAUCCCAUCAGACAAUAGUUCUGCGUCGCCGUCACGACCACCAAGCUUUGCUACUUCAGCAAAGUCAAGUCGAAGGCUUUCGUCCACGACUUUGGCGCGCUCCGCACGAUCCAUACGUCCGCCGCGAUCUGCUCAGUCGUCAGCAUCGUCAUCUCGGCAACCUUUUUCACUACCGUCUACAGUACUGGCUCCAUCACGACUUUCAGGAACAACUCGUGCUCCAAGUUCACCUGCAUUGUCUCCGACUGUGUCUCGACUCCGACGGUCCAAAUCGACGACUGACCGCGAGGAACGACGUAAGUCGCUAUCUGCCGCUUCCCUUGACAGAGGAGGUGUAGAUCCUGAUCUACGUCGCAAGUCGCUUUCAACAACCAGUGCUAGCAAAAUUGUCGACUACGACAACCAGCGUGAAUCGUUGUCAACACUUCAGAAUCGCUCGAUGUCGGGAUUGGCAACACCUCGAUCUAUGUGGGCGGAAGAAGCUUCAACAUCAGAUAGCCGAAUGCCUUUACAUCCUCCUUUCAGGACGCGGCCAGCAGACUCACCGGCGACUCCAGCUUCUGCUACACAGAGUACUUCAGCCAGUCGUGUAUCUAAGCCGCGACCUGCGAAAGCGGCGGGGUCGUCAAAACCUUUAACAUCUUCCCGUUCUUCAGUACCGUCGACAAUAGGCAAGCUUAAACAAACUCUGCAUCGGACAACUUCGACUCCAUCAACGACGUCAUCACGAACUCCUACCGGAGCAGCUGCGGCGAUAUCAAAGACAGGUAGCGAUAUGCGCCGUCCUUCUAUGACUCGAAACUCGCUAUCGUCGACUUCAGACGCCUCAGCAAGAAGAUCAAUGGGCAGCUCACACUCAAGCUCGGGAUGGAAAUAA